AUGCGCUGUCUGCAGGACCCCAGCCAUUCGUUCUGGCAGUCGGUGCCCUACAGUGCCUGCCCUUUGAAGUCUCUUCUUCCCGCUAGGAAGCUGAGCCCGAGUUCCUGCAGCUGCCCCACCUAUAAGCAGCAGAGCAGGACUGAAAUCCGAGUCCUGAGCUAUCUUCUGUCCAAGUCUGAAUUAAGGAUCCGUCUGUGCUUGGCUGGUGGGACCCUGAGAGGACCCCAGUCCUGUCUGUCUGUCUAUCUGCUCAUCCUCCUCACGUACCAACUGUCUCUUAGGGGCAGACAAAGAGCCCACUCCAAGCUGGCCAACAAGCUAGUGGUGCGGCCUGUUGAGGAGCAGGAACCCAAGGGCCCUCAGGCUUCCGAGGAGCGAAACUUGGAGCCACCUUCCUCAGAACAACUGGAACCCACCGUCACGUUCCUGUUUACACUCCUGAACACCUCUGAGCCCACUGAGCCAAAAGACCCUGAAUCGGACUCGGAGAUCCAGGAGUACCAGUUCCUCGAUCAGGAAGACUGGGGCCCCCAGCGGAUCUCAAAGGAGAUCAGGCAGUUGCAGAAUGACUGCAUGAGGCUUCGGGAGUCACUGAACACCACCCAAGUGCACAACCUGGCCCUGGGGGAGAAGCUGCAGAACCUGCCCACCUUGUUGUAUAAGAGCCUGAAGGAGGGAGCCCAGGCCAUCCAGGAGGAGGCCCAGGCCAUCCAGGAUGAAGUGAAGGCCCUGCAGGAGGAAAGCCAGGCCCUGCUGGAGGUGGCUCUGCUCAGUGACCCAAACCCCCCGAAGGCAGGUCUCCUCUUCAUGCUGCCUGACCUGCCCCACGACCACAGAGACAAGGGUCAGGCCUGGCCGGGCCCCAGGCCAGAAGUCGGACACCUCCUCGGGAGGCCGCUCCAUCAGCCAGUUCCUCUCUAGAUCCCGGAAAUAAACUUGGAAGCUAAGCUUCAGCUCCACCAAGUGUCUGUGGGCCCUGGGCUCAUGUGGGGAGCAGGAGGUCACCAUGUCCACACUGAGCUCAGCCCCUUAGCCACCCUCUGACAUCACCCCGACUCCCUCAGUUCACCCAUUCUGGAUCUACCCCUCCCAGACAUGGCCCUGCCCUCCCCCCGCCCCUCACAGAAGGUUCCAGGCCUGGUUGUUGUCAGCCUGGAGAUGAGAGCUCAAGGGCGAUGUUCCCAAGAUAAGCACUGGGGUGGGGCCAGAAAGGGGCCGCAGUCCCUCCCCGGAGGAUCCGGAUACCUGCUCUAACUCCAAAGUGCAGAAGAAUACGGGGGUAUGGGUGGAGGAGGGAUAGGGGAAGAGCCACUAACCAUCUGGUGACCUUGGAAAAGUCCCUUCCCCUUCGUAAGUCAUGGGGUUGGGGGGCAGAGAGAGGUGGUGGCAACUCUCCAAGGGCCCGCAUCCUACACCCCUCAGGCCUGGAGAUACAUAUGGAUUUUGAGUUUCACCCCCAACCCAGGAGCCCUCUGGCUCAGGGCCUCCUGGGAGCCCCCAACCCCCCUCCACCAAUGGGGUUGCAAAAAAUAAUACAAAAAACUGACACAUAUAUAGUCAAGGGGGAGAAAGGAAGGAAUCCUGAUAGAAGAUUGCUAAAUUACAUACAAAAUUGGUUAAUAUUCUAAAGGGCAUUUAUUUUUAAAAUGCCAUAACCCGGGCUGGGCACAGUGGCUCACACCUGUAAUCCCAGCACUUUGGGAGCCCGAGGUGGGCAGAUCACCUGAGGUCAGGAGUUUGAGACCAGUGUGGCCAACAUGGAAAAACCCGGUCUCUACUAAAAAUACAAAAAGUAGCCAGAUGUGGUGGCGCGUGCCUGUAAUCCCAGCUACUUGGGAGGCUGAGGCAUAAGAAUCACUUGAAUCUGGGAGGCUGAGGUUUCAGUGCACCAAGGUGGCACCACUGCACUCCAGCCUGGAUGACAGAGGGAGACACUGUCUCAAAAAAAAAAAAAAGGAAUUUUAAAAUGUAAAAUAAAAACUCCCAUAACCCUG